GCGGGGUUUGGGGUGGCCGGUCAGCCGACUCCGGCGGAGGAGCCCGGCCCGCGCUGCCUGUGCUGCCGCACCAGCAGAAGUCAAAGGCGCAGCCGGGGUCGGACCGGGGCCAUGGGCGCCCCGCGCUGCCCGGGUCAUGAGGACGGAGGCGGAAGCAGCGAAGGCGCAGCUGGAUCCCGGGGACUUUGUACAGCUGCCUGUGCCCAUCAUUCAGCAGCUCUACCACUGGGACUGCGGCCUAGCCUGCUCCAGGAUGGUGCUGCGGUACCUAGGCCAGCUGGACGAUGGAGAGUUUGAGAGCGCCUUGCAGGAGCUGCGGCUGACCAGGAGCAUCUGGACCAUCGACCUAGCCUACCUGAUGCGCCAUUUUGGCGUGAGGCACCGCUUUUGUACCCAGACCCUGGGUGUUGACAAGGGCUACAAGAACCAGUCUUUCUAUAGGAAGCACUUUGACACAGAGGAGACCCGGGUGAACCAGCUGUUCGCACAAGCCAAGGCCUGCAAGGUGCUUGUGGAGAAAUGCACAGUGAGCAUACAGGACAUCCAAGAGCACCUGGCUCAGGGCCACGUAGCCAUCGUGCUGGUGAACUCCGGGGUGCUGCACUGCGACCUGUGCUCCAGCCCCGUCAAGUACUGCUGCUUCGCCCCCAGUGGCCACCGCUGCUUCUGUCGCACCCCAGACUACCAAGGCCACUUCAUUGUGCUGCGCGGCUACAACAGGGCCACUGGCUGUAUCUUUUACAACAACCCAGCCUACGCAGACCGAAUGUGCAGCACCAGUAUCAGUAAUUUUGAGGAAGCCAGAACCAGCUAUGGCACAGAUGAGGACAUCCUCUUUGUCUAUCUGGAUAGCUGACACUGGGUCCCUGGACCCUACGCCCUACCCAUGCCAGGCCCAUUCAGGACACCCAGGCCUGGGGCUGCUGGGACUUGGAGCCUUAGCCUGUCUGACAAAGUCCCGUGGAAUUCUGGGAAACUGGCACAUCUGCUUUGCCUCCCAGUGCUGUGUUAUCAUGCUGCUUACCCCAAACACCUGUUGGUUGCUGCAGGCAUCCUCAGACCGUCGGAGGGAAGCCUCCCACAGGACAUCGAGCCUGAUUCCAGUCAGGCCCAGAGGAAGUAUAGGCCCAAGGGUGCCCUUGCUGCUUCCUACAGAGAAACAAGGCGAGGGGAGAAACCCGAGUCAGUUUCCCCCGUAGACCUCAGGAACCUGGAGAGAGUGGUCACUUGACCUGAUGUCAUGUGUAGGACAGCAUCUGUGUGUUUAGUGAGUACAGAUGAACCGAAGCCCUGCUCUCCUGGAAGUACUGCAGAGCCCACUGUCCCUGUGGUGAGUGCCGUCACCACUGCCUCCUUCCUCCUCAUGGGUGCACAUUUUGGGGACUUGCUUCAUGGCCUCUGGUCCUGACUGUGCAGUGUAGACACACCUCUGAGCCACUGGGCUCUGCAGUGCCCUGGCUCCUGGGGACACCAGGGCUCCUCACGGCCUUCCAGGUACUGAACUUCCAUAGAUGGGGUAGUGGCUGGACUCUCCAUUCGCUGCUAUGCCCAGUGACUGGCAUCAGGGAACAUGCUUCAGGAAUAAACAUCUGCACAGUCCUAGUGCCCCCCUCCCCCUCCAAGGCCUCCUGACACCAGCCUAAAUCUCGACAGUGGAGGCCUCCUCUGAAUGUAGGGAGCCCCAGGUCUCUUGAGGGUGGGCCUGCACUGAUGCAGUGGGAGAAGGGCAGCCGGCAGCCACCUCCUACCCUAGUUUUCACACCAAGACCUUUUGCACAGGGUACUGAGUCUCUUGUCUUGAUGGAGAGGAGCAGCGCCUCCUCGGGAUCACCCAGCACCUCCAGGUAGCAUCAGCUGGAACUAGUUCCUUCCUAAAUUGCGGGGUUUUUUGGGGGGGGCGGGGGGAGACAAGUUUAUUCUGCAGUACUGGAGAUCAAGCCCAGGGCCUUCGCACU